AUGAAAUUAAAUAAAUUUUAUGUAAGAUAUUAUCCACCAGGUAUUAUUUUUGAAUACCAGAAUCAAAGGAAAAUAAAGCAAAAGAUUUUGAAUUUGUUUGAUAUUGAACAAGAAUCAAAUGUAAAAGCACUAGCCGCUCGGAUUGCGAGCGACGAACCAUUAAUUACUCCUAAAAUAUUGCCUCAACUUGAAACGAUUUUGCAAAAACUUAAAGAUAAAACAUUUUUCAAAAACUGGGACAGCGCCCUUAAUUUUUUCCAUGUUGACAAAACUCUGAAAAGUGGUCAUUUGUUACCAAUAACAAAUGUAUCCAUUGACAAAUUCGGAGAUAUUUGCGCCACCGGAAGCUAUGACCGGACGUGCAAGAUUUGGAAUACCCGAACGGGUAUGGAGACGUCGACACUUGUCGGACAUGAGAACGCGGUGUACGUCGUGUCGUUAGUCAUCACAGGAAGGGUGCUGACCGGAUCGUUUGACAAAACUGCGCGAAUGUGGUCGUUGGACGAUGGUGGCGAAUGCCUGUGCACCAUGCAAGGUCAUUCGGCCGAGGUAGUUGCAGUGGCCUUUAACCAGCCUACGCAGACAGUCGCCACCUCGUCGAUGGACCAAACGACCAAAUUGUUCAGCGCCGUCACAGGCCAAAAUGUUGUCACGCUGAGAGGACACACUGGCGAAGUGGUGGUCAAUCAAUUUGACAGUGGUGGGUCGAUGGUGAUGACAGGCUCAUUCGAUAACACCAUCAAGAUUUGGGACAUCCGUACUGCCCAAUGUACUGCAACGUUAUACGGCCACACAGCUGAAUUGACAGCUUGUCACUACGACUUUGGUUGUAUAGCGAUUGCUAGUAGUUCAUUGGAUGGCACAGCCAAGUUGUGGGAUGUGAGGAGGACUGACUGCUGUCGUCAUACAAUUUCGGGCCAUACAGAUGAGGUACUAGACGUUUGCUUUGAUUCAGUUGGUCGUCGAGUGGCUACAGCGAGCAGCGACUGUAGUGCCUGCAUCUGGGAUGUAAGCAGUGGUGACUUGAUUACCGCAAUGAUUGAACAUACAAGAGAAGUUACAAAAGUUUUUUGGGAACCAGCAGGGCAUUAUCUGCUCACCGCAUCACAAGAUCAUAGUUCUAUGUUUUGGGACACAGAAACUGGAGAAUGCUUACAAGAAUUAAAAGGGCAUACUGAUCACGUAUUCUCAGUUGUAAUGAGUUACUUAGGUGAUACAAUAUUGACAGCUUCUAAGGAUAAUACUUGUUGUGUUUGGAAACAAUUUAAUUCAAAGAAUAAUUAAAAUACAUAAUA